AUGGAAGUAGUAAUGGUCGCGCUCUUCCGUAUCUGCGACUUCGACAGCGGACGUGUAUUCAUCGACGAUGUUGAUAUCGCUACUAUUAACCUCCGUGAACUCCGACGUAGCCUCGCCAUCAUCCCGCAGGACCCCGUGCUCUUCAGCGGACCCCUUCGUGAAAACCUCGACCCGUUCCACGAGUACUCGGAUGAGCGUAUCUGGAACGUACUCAAACAGGUUCACAUGGCUGAUAGUCUGCGACGCUGGGGAGCUGGCCUCGACUUCGAGGUGGCAGAAGCUGGAGACAACCUGUCAGUGGGUCAACGUCAGCUCAUCUGUAUCGGUCGCGCACUGCUCAAGGACAGUAAGGUGGUGGUGCUGGACGAGGCCACGGCUAAUGUGGAUACAGCUACAGACGCACUCAUCCAGACGACCAUCAAGGAGACGUUCGAGGACAAGACGGUGCUGAUCAUCGCGCACCGCAUCAACACGAUCCUGUAUUGCGACAAGAUCGCCGUGAUGGACGCAGGUCGUGUGGUGGAGUUCGAAUCUCCGUUGGUGCUGUUGGCACAGCCUCAGUCAGUGUUGGCAGCACUAGCAAAUCAUGAGGGUCGUAGCUAG